AUGGCGUCAAAAGACAAGAAAAUCGCGCAGCAUCUAAAUUUCGUCCAUAAUGACCAAAUAUGGAAGGAUCAUGUUCGUCAUGAGACUAUGUCCCAGAGGUUUAGAUGGCCAGCGAAAUGGGGUUACCUUGUACACGAGUACGAGUCGUUGAGUUGCCAAUUGCGAGGACAACCGACUCCAGUUUGCCGGCCGAGGACGCCCUACAGUCCCUACAGGAACAAUAAACUUCCUCCUAUCAACAAGCCUAAGGGCAGACAACUCGACUUUCCUGUAACAACAACCCAACAAAUCGGCUGGAAGGUCACGAAACCAGAAGAUCAACUUGAGAUAUAUGGACCAGACUCUCGUGGGCAGUGUGGCAUCCUUCGGUUGCUAAGGUGGCCACAGGAGAGUGCGCCAUAG